UAUAUAUAUCUAAUAACUAUUGAGUAACAAAAAUUAUUGGCUUGUUACUAGUGAGAAUUCGAGUAAUGUCUCCCAAUUGGUGUCUUGGUUGCUGUGCAAUAUACAUCCAGGUUCGAACAAUACACUUAACGAGGUGCUAAGUGUACUAUUUAUCACCUUGUUAAAUGGUGGUUAUUAUAUGAGCAAUUGACCUUACGACAGGAUUUGAUUGACAGGUCCUAUCAGCCAAUCAGAAUGUAGGGCUGAUAAGCCGUGUUGCUAUCCGCCAUUUUGUCCGUCAAACUGACCAGAGUCCGUCAUAUACAUGCGCUGGCAAUUCCUCGCCUUUUUAAGUAUUAUGGUAAAAAGGUGUUGUCAUGGCACUUGUAAUUCGGAUACAAGGUAGCCAGGCCGACUAAAGAUGGCUUACAAUUCGUUCUGUAUUCGAAACCAGUGAGUUAUUUAGAAAAAUGCAAGUGCUGUAUCAGACUCUGUGGAAGACCUCAUCAACAGCUGAACUUGGAAAUUUUGAAAGAUCGUUCAAAGGCGAAACAUCUAUACGUCUCACUUUGUCGACGGGAAAUCCAAUCAAGAAAACACUGACCCUCAAGCAGCUACUGUAUUUGACCAGCUCACACCAGCUAGGCCUCCUCCAAAACUCAGAUAAAUAUUUGAGCCACCAAAACAAAACGAGAACAGAUCGGUCUGAAUCGUUAAGAACUGAAGCUAACAUCAUAGAGGUACAUCCUUCCAAGAAUCCAUCAAAACAACAUGCUGAACAACUUCAAGAACUCUCUUCAAAAGACCACACUUUCCUGAAAUAAAUAAAAGAUGCCAAUAUUAAAAUAAAUCAGUUACAUGUAUUGUUAAAUAUUUUAAUACUAGCUGUAAAUGCUACUGCCUUUGAUGUUUGCUUUCUACAUGUAUAUCAUAAUGAAAUAUUGACAAGA